GAGUUCCCACGGCUGCGCAAAUAGGGAUAUCCCUCUAGUGCCCGUAUAUAUAGUCACGUGACUGCCGGUGCUCUUUCCUUUCUUGCUGAGACACGAGCGGCUGCGUAGCUCUUGAAAAUCUACAUCAAAGUCAAAAUGGGUAAGGAGAAGAUUCACAUCAACAUCGUCGUCAUUGGACACGUAGACUCUGGAAAAUCUACAACAACUGGCCAUUUGAUCUACAAAUGUGGUGGCAUUGAUGUUCGUACUAUCCAGAAGUUCGAGAAAGAGGCCCAAGAGAUGGGCAAGGGUUCCUUCAAAUAUGCCUGGGUGUUGGACAAGCUGAAGGCUGAACGUGAGCGUGGUAUCACUAUUGAUAUUGCUUUGUGGAAGUUCGAAACCGCAAAAUUUUACAUCACAAUCAUUGAUGCUCCCGGACAUCGUGACUUUAUCAAGAACAUGAUCACAGGAACGUCACAGGCUGACUGUGCUGUGCUGAUUGUUGCUGCUGGUACUGGUGAGUUUGAAGCUGGUAUCUCAAAGGAGGGCCAGACUCGAGAGCAUGCAUUGCUUGCCUACACUUUGGGUGUCAAGCAGUUGAUCAUUGGUGUAAAUAAGAUGGACAGCACAACUCCUCCUUUCAGUGAGGAUCGGUUCAAGGAAAUCGAAAAAGAGGUCGGAAGCUACAUCAAGAAGAUAGGAUACAAUCCCAAGGCAGUUCCUUUUGUGCCAAUCUGAUGGAAUGGAGACAACAUGCUUGAGCCUAGCGAUAACAUGCCCUGGUUCAAGGGUUGGGCCAUUGAGCGCAAGGAGGGCAAUGCCUCCGGAAAGACCUUGAUUGACGCCCUUGAUGCCAUCUUGCCACCAAGCCGCCCUACUGACAAGCCACUCCGUCUGCCACUCCAGGAUGUAUACAAAAUUGGAGGUAUUGGUACAGUGCCUGUUGGUCGUGUUGAGACUGGCAUCCUGAAGCCUGGCAUGGUAGUUACAUUUGCUCCUGGAGGAAUCACAACUGAGGUGAAAUCAGUUGAGAUGCACCACGAGUCUCUGGUUGAGGCCCUUCCUGGUGACAACGUUGGUUUCAAUGUCAAGAACAUUUCUGUGAAGGAUGUUCGUCGUGGCAACGUUGCUGGUGAUAGCAAGAAUGACCCACCAAAAGGAGCAAAGAGCUUCUAUGCUCAGGUCAUCAUCCUCAACCACCCUGGUGAGAUCAAAAAUGGCUAUUCCCCAGUGGAUUGCCACACUGCCCACAUUGCCUGCAAGUUUGCUGAGAUCAAGGAAAAAUGUGACAGGCGUUCUGGCAAGAAGCUGGAAGACAAUCCCAAGAGCGUAAAAUCCGGAGAUGCUGCCAUGGUUGACUUGGUACCAAGCAAGCCCAUGUGUGUGGAGUCUUUCGUUGACUACCCACCACUGGGUCGUUUUGCCGUUCGUGACAUGAAGCAGACCGUGGCUGUUGGAGUCAUCAAGUCUGUGACCAAAGAGGAAGUUGGAGCCAAGAUGACAAAAUCUGCAGCCAAGAAGAAGUGAAGUUUACAGGAACCCUUGCCAGGCCACGAACCUGCUACUGCUCUGAACUUUGUCGAUGUUACCACCUGCCCAUGCUCGGGUAAAAGCUGCCCAGUGUCUGUACCAUUUUAUUAUCCUUUAGGUUUCUUGCCUUCCAAACGGCAAACUCGAUUGAUCUUGAUUUCUUUGUCGUUCUGGCUUCUUCAGUCUAAGCUACACAGAAAAGAGUUCAGGAGAAAAAAGCUUUGAAUGAUACCUAGCAAGAGCUAUUUGAUGUUAUUUAAUUGAAGUGUACAAAGAAUCAAGGGCGACAUUAAAAAGUUCAGUUGAAA